AUGUCCGCGGAAAAUGCAAAAUUUGUCGGCUGGGUCUGCGUUAUGACAAGCGGUGGAACCGGAAUCUGCCUCAUUGCACAAGCCUUUACCAACAACGGGGCCGAAGUCUACAUCUCGUCGCGCCUUCUUUCCUUGUUCAUCCUAAGGUGGAAACUUAUUCCUGUCACUGGUGACGCCACGUCGAAAGGCUCGAUCAAACAAUUGGUCCAGGAGAUCAGCAAGCAGGAAGAUCACAUUGACCUACUCGUGAAUAACGCUGGUAUCAGCGAGGGUAAGAGCGACGUCGAGAUGGGUGAUCAGAAGAACGUCUACAGGACCAACACCAUCAGCUGUUUCUUCAUGACUACCCCAUUUUUGCCCUUUGAUGCAAUUUCUCUUAGCAAGUCACAACACCCUGACCCUGUCACCAACGUCACCUCGGUUUCCGGUAUCACUCGUACCACGAAAGCUGUUCAGGUCAGAGCGAAUAAUAUCGCAGCUGGGUUUUCCCUUCUGAAACGAGAAGUCGGUCGAGCUGAUAGCUCUGAUGAACCCAAUAAGUCGCAGAUUCCAGUAGGUGAGGACUAUUCGUCCUGGACGUGA